GAAUUUAAUAAAGUAAGGGAAUACACGAUGGCGGCUGACGCUACUUUACGUUCGAAAACAACAGUGUUUGUUGUCUUGCUGUCAUUCAUCUCUGGCGGACAAGCAGCCGUAUCUGGCACCACGUGCACUGCUGGCGGAAAUGAGUGCGCUGCCAUUGACAACUCAUUCUGUGACACUGUGACUAAUAAUUACUGCAAAUGUGUCGACAUCGCCACGGAAGGAAGCUCCGACGACUGUGGAUUCACGGAUUGUUCGAGUGACGGUUCCCUGUGCGCCACCGCAGAUUCGAACUCUGAGUGUGUCAGCUCUACAGCAUGUGCCUGCAGUCAAGGUUAUGAACUAACAGGCGCCGACGAUCAGAAUGAAUGCAUCGCUAAAGUGGUUGGCUCUUCUUGCUCCAGCGACGCCGAUUGUGCACAGACAUCUGACACCGUAUGUAACACAGUGUCAGGCACAUGCGCCUGUGAGGCUCAGUUUGAGGCAACGACUGCUGGGGCCUGUACAGCAAAAACCGUUGGGGAUAGCUGCACACCUGGAGGAGGUGAAUGUAACGACAUUGCAGAAGGCGAGUGCAACACAGUGCUAACCAAUCCUGUGUGUUCCUGUGGCUAUGGGUAUACAGGAAGCUCUGGUGCCAGUUCUUGUACUGCUAACGUUGUUGGCGCAACCUGCACUUCUGGUGGCUACCAAUGUAGACCUAUAACGUGGGGCUACUGCAACAUUGCUGUCGCAAGUCCCGAAUGCGGCUGUGCAGCUAUUACAACGGCGUCUGGCACAACAUGCUCCGUGACAGCCUGUGCCACUGAUGCGACUUGUGAGGCGUUAGAUUCCAACUCGGCGUGCACGGGAGGUUCCAGCAACGAAUGCGAGUGUGUGGCAAACUAUGUAAUAUUUGCCGACGGGACAAGCAACAAGUGUCAACCAGGAGUCGGAGCUACUUGCUCAUCCGCAGGUGGUGAAUGCAUGCAUCUUCUUGGAGGCUACUGUGACACAACGACAACUCCGUCUGCCCCUGUUUGUGCUUGCGGAGAUAUUUUUGACGUUUCAGGAGGGACAUCGUGCAACUUUAAGUCAUGUGCCGCGGACGCUACGUGUACAGCUUUGGACGCAAAUUCCGAGUGUGUGAAGGACAUGUGUAUGUGUAAAUCCGGCUACUCCAUCAAUACCUCCGGAACCUCGAAACUUUGCAGCAUGACGGGAGGAUCGGACGGUAUCAAAGCUUCGAUUGUAGCGAUGCUAGGCUGCCUUGUCCUCAGUUACCUGCGCAUGUAAACUAGCAGUGCAUCAGGAGGAGAAUGAUAUCCGCAUUGGAAACGAAAUAAGACUGGCAAUGGACUCUGAAUAGUGAUUUUGAUUUUUUCCAUCUGGGCUUGCUUCAUUUAAGGAUCUUAGUCGUUUACAUUAAUCAUCUAAUGAACCAGUCAAUGUAACCACGCCCCCAGGUAUGGGGGUAUACAGGGGAUAGCGGGGAUAUGGGCCAUGUUUUAACUUGGAUGUGUCACCGCAGAGUCGAGUGAAUGCUAUGGUUUUGUUUUCACGCAGAAAAAAAUAGCGGGGGAUGGGCCUUACCUAGGAUGUCACCAGGGUGUGGGGGCAUUUGGCGUACAUUUUACCAGCAGUUUGAGCCCGUAGGGCGGGGAUUUUAUAAAAAUUGAAACCAAUGUCCCCGCUUUUCCCAGGACCUGGGUAGUGGGUCGUGAAAACAAUUGACUGGUGCAUAAACUAUGCAAAAUCUGCAAAAUUAGCAACCAGAAUUUCUAAGAAAGUAUUCAAUAUUCUACUUAAAUAAUUAUUUUGACCAUACAUCAUUGCCCCUAUUCAUACUAUUGGUCAUUUAUGAAUUACCAGUUAGCCGAUUAGCUGCAUCGUUCUUAAGUCUAAUUAAGACAAAUAUUGAAUACCUGUUCAUAAACCUGUUCAUAAAACAAUUGAAAAAAAAACAUGCCAUUAAGUUCAGUUAACGAAUAUUCUUCGACUAAGAUCUCUAAUGGAAAGCCUUCCAGCUCAUAUCAUCAAUGUGCAAGAAUCGUUAUAAGAUAGUCAUAACCAACUAGACUUAAUUUAUAACAUCCAACUAUUCUUACGUGAACAAAGAUGCAAACCGAUGGCUUUCAACAAAUACAUCAUAUCAAAUAGCUUAACGGUGGUAUUUAAUACACGGUUGCAUAUAUGAUCGUAAGAAGGUUCCUGCACGUCAACAAGAGCUCCAUCCUAUGAAUUGUUAAAUUUGAAUUCCGUCACUAAAAGCAAUUCGUUUGAAAUAACAUGAGGUGAAUGGCCUUUAUUUUAAGAUACAGUGUAUUUUUCUCUUGCCAAUUUGGUGCUGAAAUACUUUUUUUCCAAACGUAAAAAUAUAAAUUCCAAUUUUACGUUUUAAAAAACUUAAUGUUUAAACCCUCAGACCAUUUUUGUAUGGAGGGGUCGGUAUAAUCAAUAUUAUCCCUUCAUUAAUUUUUAGCAUUCUUUAUUAUUUACAGGCAAAAUUUGAAUUCCCAAUUUUAAUAAAAAUGUGACAUUUUUCCCAAUCACAAAGGCUCAUUCCCAAAAUGGUAAGAGAAGAAUACACUUAGAUAAAAAGGUGACGUUGAAGCUUCAUCAGAAGCAACCAUAAACAAAAUUGCUCCUGGCAGAUCGGUUGAGCUUCAAGCCAUUGCGUUUGAGUUCCUGAUUUGUCGGCCGGCAUUUUGUUAUGUAAAUAUGUUUCACACGUUGUAUGCUUUUGUAUGCAUAUAUCAACAACAUAUAAACAAUAGUUAUACCGCUUUUUAAUUACUUUUUUUAUAUUGUUCCGUACCUAACUUAAAUAGUUCUGUUCAAAACAUUAUUGUCAAUUCCGUUUUGUCAUCGAAGAAAUAUAUUUUUAAGUUUUACCUAUAAUAUUUUGGAUUGAACGGGUUUUAUCUCAAACAAAUUUUCUAUCUUAAACAAAUUGCUUAAUUUCAGCACGCACGUUACAAAUGUUCGAUAGAUAUUAUGUAUUUAUGCAAACGAGAAUAUGUUAAAAGAUUUUAUAGCUAUUUGACAAUAAAGAACUAUUUCUUA